CUCUCACUCAGUAAAGCGAGAAGUUCGCUGUCAGUUCAGCUGCAGGACCUUGGGGGGGAGAAAUGGCUCAGCAAAAGGUCGCCCUUGCACUUAUAGGACUUUACCUCCUCAGUUGGCAGGUUUGGGCCAAGUUCGAGGUAAGCAUGGAGGACAGGGUAGAGGUGUUGCUGGGCGAGGUGGCAGAGAUCCCCUGCUUAUAUAACCUGAAAGGAUCUGCCAAUUUACCCACGAUACAGUGGUUUGUAAAAUCAGCAGGUGGCAACAGAGUGCGGAUCUACCACCGAGACAACAACAAGGAAAUUGUGGAUCAAGGCACUGGUUUCUCAGGGAGGAUCAACAUCUCUCACUCUUGGGAAGGCAUACUGGGAAACUCUGUUCUGAUCAUCAAUCCUGUACGAGUCAGUGAUGAGCGUGAAUUCAUCUGCCAAGUGAACGUGGAUGGAGGCAGUGAUGAGGGACUCACUCGACUUCUAGUGUUCAAUAAUCCAUCUUUUCCCAUAAUUGAAGCAGGACAGUACGCCUCAAUCUCAGAGCCUCUUAAUAAGAUUGGAUCCUGUGAGGUCAGUAAUGGAUAUCCUGCCCCCAAGAUCACUUGGUACAAAGAGAGAACUCCCUUAUACACCUCACCCCAAAAUGUUGACAUCAGGAACAGAGUGACUGAGAAUUCCAAUGGCCUGUACUCAGUACACAGUGAGCUAUACCUCACAGUAGAAAAGCAGGACAAGGAUGCCUACUUUUACUGCGAGGUCACAUACUUUCUUCCUGGGGCAGAGAAAAUGAUUGAGUCCAAGCAUAUCAACAUCACAAUUCUCUAUCCAACAUCGGAAGUUACGAUGUUCCUGGAUUCCCCCGAGCUGCUUGUGAAAGAAGGUGACAGCAUAGAAAUAAUCUGUCAAGGGGACGGGAAUCCACAGCCAGUCAAAUCCUUUACACAUAAUAAUGAAGCAAUUGACACAGAUUUGGACAAGCUGGUGCUUAGUAAUGUGACUCGAGUAAACAGUGGCAUAUACGAAUGCAGCUGUCUGGAUACCACAACCUUUGACAGCAUCACAGGCAACUUGACCCUCAUGGUUCAUUUUCUGGAUCCAGUCGUGAUCACUCCUGAGAACCCAGAUAGCCUAGAUGAAGGAGAGGAUCUGAAUCUGACCUGCAAUGCCAUGUCCUCACUGCCCACACAGACAUUCUGGUACAAGGACAAUGUGCGGCUGGAGGAAGGUCAUGAGCUGAGGUUAGACAAUGCCUCAUUUGCCACAGCAGGGGACUACGUUUGUGAAGUAUUUGCACCUGAGCUUCCUGCCUUAAAGAAGCACGGUAUUGUGCAGAUCCGCGUAAGGGGAAAGCCGAUGAUCACAGAGGGAGUGGCUGUAAUUCCUCUGGAUAGCGAAACGGCCAUUAAUGUGAGCUGCAGUGCGGCAGGACAUCCAACUCCUACCAUCGACUGGAGUCUCUCUGAUAAACAAGCUCAGCUGGGAAGAUGGGACACCAGCAGAGAUAACAGUGUUCACAGCAUUAUUUCCAUCAGCACCACUUCUGACAUCACGGCCUCCUGCAGGGCCACCAAUGACCUGGGUACAGCCGAAAGCUCCCGCACAAUUCAAGCCAUUCAAAUGAACCAAGCAACUACAACAACCACAACAACUACCACCACCACCACCACCACAACAACAACAACAACAACAACAACAAGCAAUACUACUGGUAUGAUGGCAGGAACACCCAACCCGAAAAUAAACAAAAAAGGGGGCAACGGAUUCAUCAUUGCAAUCAUCAUCAUUUUCAUCUUAUUGCUGGCCAUCCUGGGCAGUGUGCUGUACUUCAUGUACAAGAAGGGCAAGAUCCCAUGCGGGCGCUCAGGGAAGAAAGAUCUCACAAAGGAAAAGGUCAGUAAUGAUGACAUCGUUGUGGAGAUGAAGAGCAGCAAAUCUGAGGAAGCAGUGCUUCUACAGGGGGUCAACGGUGAUAAAAAGAUGUCCAGUGACCAGUGAGGAGAGCGGCUAAGCAAAGACGACAGCCCGCUAGCAGUCUCCAUGUUCCUACUCUCUCAGGAUAACUCCUGGAACUUCCUACCUACAGGACUUUCACAUUUACUCCUCCCCUGUGAGCUGGAACACAAUCCUGGAUCAGGUUCUCCAAAUCAUUUCUGCCUUUCACUUUUUGUUAUUGUUCUUUUCCCCUCAAACAAGCCUCCACUGUCUGUUAAGGAUGAUCUGCUCUCUACGCUCUACAUCAUGUAUAUAUAUAUAAGAAUGUACAUAUGUAGUUAUUUAAAAUAAUUCUGAUGCAACCUAAAGUGUUCUUUGUGGCCUAUAAGUAGGAUUCGGAUGUCCGAACGGCCUCUUUGUUGUUUCGUCUGUUUAAAAGGCUCUCACUGCUGCCUCACUCUAGUCUGUGCACUGAACCUCGAAGCUGCCUCUCACUACUGUCCUCAUCCAACACUGUAAACGCUGCACCUGCUGCCUCCAACACCACAUCAUCACCGAGAAACCGAACACAAAAUCUAUCGAAAUUAUUUUUUUAAAACCUUGUCUUUUUUAAUGUAUGUAUAAUGUUUAUGCUGAAAGAAAAAAAACUUUCCCAGUGAAAUCCGUACACUCUGUCUACUUUAUCAGGAACACCUUUAUACCCGCUCAUGCAUGCAGAUAUUUGUUUAGCCGAUCGCGUGGCAGCAGCACAACGUAUACAAUCACGCAGAUACUGGGGAAGAGCUUCAAGUAAUGUUCACAUCGAGCAUCAGAACGAUAACUUCAGACAUGGCGUGGUUAUUGUUACGAUAUUUUAGAAACUGCUGAUCUUGUAAGGUUAUACAAAAAGGUGCAAAAAAACCCAUUUCUGUUACAUGUGUAGACGGGGAUUAGGAAAUAAUCUGAUUGGGUCGAGAUGCCUGGAAUAAUACGAGGUGGUAUCAAAAAGUUACAAGACCAGCUCUGUUUACAAGAAAGUACUUUAUUUAUGAAGUGAAGUGAGCAGGAGCCAGAUCUGGUGAUGAUGAAAUUAGAUGUUUCUGGAGAGAAACUCACGUGUAAGGAGAGCUCGGUGUCACAGUGCACACGUGAUCAGAAUAGCAGACGUGUUAACACACGAUUUGCACAGCUCACAGUUGACAUGAUGGUCGGUGCUUCCUGUGACUGUGUGUACAGCCCUGUGCUGCCAUCUGUUGGCCUCUCACAAAACAAGUCUUUAAACAUUUUGAUACCACCUUGUACAUGCAAUCACUAAACCGUAGAAAAGCAUCUCAGAACCCACAAAACAUCAACCCAUUUAAACAAUUACAGAUCAGAUCUAACAGAAGACCAUGUCAGGUUUCACUCGUCUGCUAGGAACAGAAAUCUGAGGCCAUCAUGGGCAAGAAAUGGGCAGAUUAGAAUAUUCUCUUCAAAAUCGAGAUUAUAUUUGAUCCCCAUUCUGAUGUGGAGGUUAGCUGAAGCUCCUGACCAUCUGCAUGAUGCCAUGCACCGCUGCUGCUGCCACAAUAAUGCAGGUGUACAGGAGUUCCUCUUAAACCAUGACGUGUUUAAUGAAUGUGCUAAAGCCCUUCUCAUUUCUUCCUUUUGUUUAUAUAUAGCAUUAUGUAUAAAUGAUGAAUUCGAAUCUGCUCCAGGGCUGCACAUUUCAGUUAAGACCAACAAAAACAGGUUGGUCAUUAGUACUUGAUAUUUUCAUAUGUGUAUUAUUUUUAUUUUUGAAUAGAAAUAAAAACUGAACAGAAGGGCACAUCUAUAAUUAUUCAAGCACAGUUUAUACUUUAUUCGCUACCAAAGAAAACACAUAACCAAAGGCACCAUAAUACAAAUGUAAGCUAGUCAGAUCGAUGUGCAAAAACUAAUACGUCCUCUUUUAUUUUUUUGUGUGUUUCAUUUGUGCCAUAUUACUGUAAAGAUAUUUGACCCUCCCUCCCCCCUCCCCAAUAAACUCAUUAAAUACAUUGUCCUUUAAA